AUGGUUACCUUAGAAGAUUUAGAAAACAAUCAGCAACAAGAGGAAGAUGUUAUAGAUCAAGAAAUUUUAAACUCUGCUACGUCAGAUAUAAUCAAUAGGACCAAAUUGUUGGAUAAUGACAUUAAAGUUAUGAGAUCUGAAUCACAGAGGUUGACCCAUGAAAAGACUGUGAUGUUGGAAAGAAUAAAAGACAAUCAAGAAAAGAUAAACAAUAAUAAGCAAUUGCCUUACUUGGUGGGGAACGUUGUGGAGUUGUUAGAUUUAGAUGCUGACAAAGAAGCCAGCGAACAAGGUGCCAAUAUUGAUAUUGACGCAGCUAGAGCUGGUAAAUCAGCUGUAAUCAAGACAUCAACCAGACAAACUAUAUUCCUACCAAUGAUAGGAUUGGUCGACCCGAGCAAAUUAAAACCAAAUGAUUUAAUUGGUGUGAACAAGGAUUCUUAUCUUGUGUUGGAUACUUUACCUUCGGAAUACGAUUCAAGAGUGAAGGCGAUGGAAGUUGAUGAAAAACCAACUGAAGAUUAUUCUGACAUUGGUGGAUUGGACAAACAAAUUGAAGAAUUGAUUGAAGCCGUGGUGUUGCCUAUGAAGCAAGCAGACAAAUUUAAAAACUUGGGUAUUAAACCACCAAAAGGUGCUUUAAUGUAUGGCCCACCUGGUACAGGUAAAACUUUAUUGGCUAGAGCUUGUGCUGCUCAGUCUGGUGCCACUUUUUUGAAAUUGGCUGCUCCUCAGUUGGUGCAAAUGUUUAUUGGGGAUGGGGCAAAGUUAGUUCGUGAUGCGUUUGCUUUAGCUAAAGAAAAGGCUCCUACAAUUAUAUUUAUUGAUGAAUUGGAUGCUAUUGGUACCAAAAGAUUUGACUCCGAUAAAAGUGGUGAUAGAGAGGUGCAAAGAACCAUGUUGGAAUUGUUGAAUCAAUUAGACGGGUUUGGAUCUGACGAUAGAGUCAAAGUUUUAGCAGCAACUAAUAGAGUCGACACAUUAGAUCCUGCAUUGUUGAGAUCAGGUAGAUUGGAUAGGAAAAUCGAGUUCCCAUUGCCAUCAGAGGAAGCCAGAGAGUCUGUGUUGAAAAUACAUGCAAGAAAAUUACACUGUGACAAUAAUUCGGUAAACUGGAGAGAGUUGGCCAGAUCCACCGACGAAUUCAAUGGUGCCCAAUUGAAGGCAGUUACAGUAGAGGCAGGUAUGAUUGCUUUGAGAAAUGGUAAGUCUAUAAUUAAACAUGAAGAUUUCGUAGAAGCUAUCAGUGAAGUUCAAGCUAGAAAGUCAAAGUCAGUCAAUUUCUACGCAUAA